GUGGCAGUAGUCACGUGACAACGUGCGGGUAUUUCAUUCCAAAUGUGGACCCGUCCGGACCACAGAGCUGCUGUCUGCAGGGUGUCGCGCGCCGCAGGAGGACGUGAGGAAGAGUGCUGCUCAGGGUGGAGAUGGAGAAUAAAGCCAUCUGCCUGAGGUCCAAUGAGGACAGAGACAACACGUCCAUGUUUGAGGAGCCCUAUGAAGGAGGGAGCUCGUCCAAACUGAACCUGUACGAUGAAGGAAUGCGGCGGCGGAAGGAGCGCUGCUGCAACCACCUGGACUCAAUGUCUGCCAUCAAGUCUGCCGUCAUCUGCCUCUACGUCCUGCUGCUUCUGUCCGUGCUCGGACUCUGUCUGGCAGUGUCACACUACCAUGAUUUCUCACAGCGGCACUCGUUUAACCAGACAGCAGAGCGCCAGCAGCUGCUGCAGCCAAGCCCGGGAGACAAUCUGCUGGAGAACAUCUGGAAGCUGCAGAGCCUCUUCCAGAACCACACCGAGCGGCUGCAGAGGCUGGAGGCCCUCAUCCAGGGCUUGGAGGGGCGGCUGAGGAACGCCCAGACUCAUUCCAGUCAAACUGAAGGUUUCCUGGCUGAGCUGGAAGACGGGUUGUCCUCGCUCAGCGGCGCUGCAGGCCAAAACCUGACCAGCCUGAGUGAGGAGGUGAAGCUGACCUCCAGGCUGCUGCAUGACCACAGCCUGCAGCUCAGGUCCAGAUCAGCAACAUCUCAGAGGACAGUGGCAGUCUGUGGUUGACCCACAUGCACACGCAGACACAGCUGAGGAACGAGCUGGAGAUCCUGAACACCAUCACAGAGGACCUGCGGCUGAAGAACUGGGAGCAUUCCGUGGCGUUGAAGAACCUCACCAUACUCGAAGGACCUCCAGGACCAAAGGGAGAGAAGGGUGACACUGGACAGCUGGGGCCCCCGGGGGCUCCUGGGAUGAUGGGUUUGAGAGGAUUUACUGGAGAACGGGGGAUUCGAGGACCUCAGGGGAUGAAAGGAUCUGAUGGUCUCGACGGAGAGAAGGGCCUGAAAGGAGAGGUUGGACCUGUAGGGCUUAAAGGUGACCAAGGACAGCGAGGCUCAAAAGGAGAGAAAGGUGAACGGGGGGAGCGAGGAGACAGAGCAGUGGAGGAGACCCUGGUCCGGCUGGUGAAUGGGUCCGGACCUCACGAGGGCCGUGUGGAGGUUUUCCAUGAGGGCCGCUGGGGGACGGUGUGUGACGACGUCUGGGACAAGAAGGAUGGAGAUGUGGUCUGCAGGAUGCUGGGCUUCAGAGAAGCGGCGGGAGUCCAUGGGACCGGGCACUUUGGGCGAGGAUCCGGUUUGAUCUGGAUGGACGAUGUGGCGUGCACAGGGGCUGAAGAUACCAUCCAUCAGUGCACGUUUUCCGGCUGGGGCAAAACUAACUGUGGCCACGUGGAGGACGCCGCUGUGACCUGCGCCAUCUGACCACAGCGGGACCGAGCUGGAGAGUUCUGCAGAUCCAGACUGAACCUAAUGUUUUCUGAGAAGACGGCUGGGAUCUUCUGAGAAGGAAGUUCCACUUGUUCUCCAUCACAUCCCCUCUGUGUUUCUCAACACCUCCAGAGUCUUAAGAGCCGACUGGCUUCCAGACUUUUGGCUGAAUGCGUCAUCUGAACUGCAGAAAAAGCAACACCAACAACAGUAGAGAAAACAUCAACCGAAACAGCAAGAACAACAUCAGGACCAAAGAAACAGGAGUGAGAAGAGCAGCACCAGCAGAACAACCAUUGGAAACUACAGGAAACGAAUGAGCAACAGAACAGGACAAACAGCAGAAACAUCAUCAACCACAGAACAGAAUAAAACUCCAACCACAGGAAUGACAGCAGGAACAGCAGCAGGUCCCGUUUUAAGCAGCAGUUUCUGCUGAAAUCCUGAGUUUAGACUGAAAGGACGUUUUCAGGUUGAACAGUUCUAUGAAGCUGAAUUGAAGCAACUCUCAGUUCAUUAUGGUGGAAGGUUAGGAGCAUUUUCUACCAAGAACUUUAAGUUACAUCUUUGUCUUCCAACAAUAAUUUCUGACAUUUCAGUGGUUACAAAUUAAAGAUGUUUUUAUUAAAAUUAA